AUGGCUGAGACCUCUACGAAGAGGUCUCCGCAGUCCAACGGUCAACUCCGUCCCAACCAAAAGAUGCGCACAACCUGUAACGCUUGCCAACAAGCGAAAAUCCGAUGUAGUCACACCUACCCAUGUAACCGGUGUGAGAGUCACGGGUAUGAGUGUGUCUAUUCCAUCUCGCAACCGCUGGGCCGGCCGGCCAAGAAAAAGACGACCCGGUCAGUGGCGGCGGGGGAAAUCGGAAAGGCGCGCGGGAGGGAGGGGGAGGUGGUUGACCGUCCGACUCGGCGGGGUGCCGGGAGGGCACCGAGGCCAACCACAGUAGCGAGGGUGCAGAGGGCGCGCAGGGUCCCGAGUCGGGUCCCGAGUCCAACAACAGCAUCCGGCUCGGGGCCUGGUUCAAGGGAAGAGUCGCACAAGAGCGACUCCAGGGCCGGCACUGAAGUCACACCACCGGAGGAAGGCUUUCAAUGGCCGAGUUUCACAGCGUGGUUCUUAGAGGUUCCAGAAAACCGCCCAAAUGGAGAAGGGAUCCAGGACCAGGAUCUCGUCAGCACAAACGAGUCCAAUACCAAUGUCGAUCCAGCUUUCACCGUUACUAGCCUGGACAGCUCGUUUGAACGAAUUGACGGAUUCGGAAGUGUUGGGGGUCCCCCUUUUCCUGAGCCGCGUGUUGACUAUUCCACAGAGUGUUGUUCUCCCCAAAUCGGAUUGAUGAUUGAUGAACCCCCCCUUGGAGGGUUCCUCCACACUGCUGCGUCGGGAGCCCAGUCUGGGUCCCUCUUUCAGGGCGGUGCAAUCUACCCAUUCAGCCUCGCACCGAACGCUAUUCAGGUCUCCGGAAUAGUCCAGGAUCCGGCCAGAAUCAUGGAAUUGCCCUCCAAUGAGAUCUGGCAAGAACCGUUGGAUACUGGUUCCAGUCAAUCUCUUCCGCCAGAAGGGGUUGAUUUUGAGACACUGUCGGAAGAUGCUUCUUCCCUUCACUGCAAUUGCUAUGCUCAGGCGUUUAGUGAAGUCGUGCGAUCGGAGGAGGUGAAUGGGUCCAACAAGAUAUUGCUUCACCUGGAAAGGGUGCAGCAACAGGGAGUGGUCAUCCUUCAAUGUCCAUUAUGCUGUGCUUCAAACGCCAGGGCUAACAUUCUCACUUUAUUAGUCAUGGCGAUUGAGAAAACAGCACGGGCGUUGAAGGUGAGGGCAAAAUUGGCCACCACCUCGGUUCAAGGGGGGGUUCGUUCCGUGUGGGGAGAGGAGGACAUCAGCCAGAUGCACCAUUGCCUAUCUCAUUUGUCAAUAAUCGUCCGAUUUAUCCACCAAGAUCUUCAUUGUGCCUCGCCUUCGGAAUGGCAUUUGGUGAUGGCGGACGAGACAGAUCGUCGGCUGCAGUCGAUUAUUCGAAUAUUCGAGUGA